UCUUAACUGACUGACAGGUAGCUAGCUAGCUAGCUUGUCUAAUAAAUAGGAAGCUCUGUCAACCUCCAACUUUACUAAACUCAACUCAAACUCAAACUCCAACCAUCCAUCCAACAUUUCUUAGAAAUGGGAAAUGUUGCUUCUUGUACUCCAACCAAAGUGGUGUUUAAGGUGUUAUUGUUAGAUGGGAGAAUAGAAGCAUACACAAAAGCAAUAAGAGCUGCAGAGCUGAUGCUAGAAUAUCCUGGACAGUUUGUUUGUGACUCAAGCUACCUCAAAGUAGGCCAUCGAAUUCAAGGACUAUUAGCCGAUGAAGAACUUCAAAGGCGCAAAUUUUACUUUCUUCUACCAAUGGAGCUGCUCUACUCUGUGCUAACCCAUGAAGAAAUGAGCACUCUUAACUACAAAGCAUCAAGGGCAACAAAGCAUGCCAGUUUCAACAAUUUGGGAAAGAUAUUUCCUGUUUUGAGUGAGUUCUGUAUGUUCCCUUCGGAGGCAAAGAGAAUAGUAUCAGAAGCUCAUAAUUAUUAUGAGAUUGUAGGGGAGGAGACAGAACCAGUUCAAAGGUACUCCAAGCAGAGAUCUUGGAAACCAGCCCUGGAGACCAUUGACGAAACUUCUUCAAGGCCUUAAAAUCAAAAUACAUACAUACAUGUUCUUUUUCUUUUUUCCUCAAUUUACUUCAUCUGUAUUUGGUAGAAUUCUUGGAAUAUUUUUUUUGUAACCUUAAGUUUAGAAUUAGUUCAUAUGAAUUUUUUUACGCCACUCGUGUAACCAAAAUAUCUGAGCUGUAUGAAUGGCAUAUUAACCGAAUGAAACCCUUGUGAAUUGUGAUGUAAAUCCUCCCUGCAUUCUCCAUAGUUGGUAUCAGUGCAAUGGUGGAUUCCUUCUUUAACAUAAUUCAUCCUAAUUGCUGGCAAAACAGUUCCAAAUGUCUGAGCUUAUCCAAAAACAAAUGUCAAAUGAUACUCUCUCCUCUCUUGUAUUGUAUUUUAUUCCUGGCAGAAUUUUGCUCCUUUCUGUUUAGCCUCUAUCACCAA